CAAGCAGAAAAAGCGAUAAUACACUCCGCUGUUUUCUCCUCGUAUCUACUCUUCGCGUAAUCGAGUUUAUCCACAAGUUUGAGUAGUUCCGUUAGUUUCUCGUUUUGUGCCACACAGUGCGGGAUGGAAAGUGACAAGAUGGAAAUUUACGAAUCACUGAUACGUUGGCUUGGUGUGCUUCAGCUGACCGCUCCGCACGAAAACGUCCAGCAGCUGAGUGAUGGCGUAGCCCUAGCGCAGGCCCUGCACCUGAUAGCCCCGGAAAUGUUUAGCGCAGGAUGGCUGUCCAAAAUAAAGGUAGACGUCGGACACAACUGGAGAUUAAAAGUGAGUAAUCUGAAGAAGAUUAUCGAAGGUGUCUACGUGUACUAUCAGGACAUCCUGAGCCUGAACCUUUCGGAGGAGCUGCGGCCAGAUGCUAUGAAUAUUGCGGAAAAGUGCGACGGAUUUGAAUUGGGACGAUUGCUGCAACUGAUUCUCGGAUGUGCGGUCAAUUGUUUAGAAAAGCAAAAGUACAUCACGCAGAUUAUGGAACUGGAGGAAUCGCUUCAGCGUAAUAUAAUGGCUGCUUUGCAAGAUAUCGAAUAUGUGUGGCAGGGAGUUUCUCCAUCGCGGAAUUCAAUCAAUGCCUCGAGUUUGGAUGUGAAAACACUGCAGGAAGAUCGCGAUAGUUUAGCGCAGAAGUGCCAUGAAACGAAUAAGAAAAUGUUGAUUUUGAUCGAAGAGAAAUCGGUCCUGCAGCAAGAGAUAAGCAAACUGCAAACUAUCAUCGAACGAUAUGAGAAUCCCAAUCUUAUCGGGGACGACGGCACUUCGUUGGGGCCAGUCCAGUUGGGAUCCUCCCGGUACAACGAUCUGCGAAAAGUGGUGGAUGGCUUGAAGGAUGACCUGCUGCAGGCGGAAACGGCUCGGGAUGAUUUGAAGAUGAAGUCCACCAUGCAGGAGAAGGAGAUAGCCGACCUAUCGGUCAAGAUUGAUGAGCUACAUGCCGCUACAGCGGAAAUCGCUCAGCUAAAGGACGAAAUCGACAUCCUCAAGGAAGCGAACGACAAAUUGAAAAUAUGCGAAACACAGCUGCAAACCUACAAGAAAAAGCUCGAAGAUUACAACGAUUUGAAGAAGCAGAUCAAAAUGCUGGAAGAACGGAGCGCUGAGUAUAUGAAGCAAAAUUCCCAAUACGAAGAGGAAGCGAAAAAGUACGCCGGAAUGAAGGGCCAAGUAGAACUGUACAAGAAGGAAAUCCAAGAUCUGCAUGCAAAGCUCGACUCGGAAAUGAGCAAAAACAUCAAGACGGAGUUCGAGUUCAAUCAACUGCAGGCCAAACUUUCGGCCAUUCAGAGAGAGAAAGAGAACCUGCUGAGCGAACGGGAUGUGCUGCGGGAGACCUGUGAUGAGCUAAAGUGUGGCCAGGCAGCGGAGGACUCCGAGACUGGCAAUACGAUGUCCAAGGAGCUACAUUCGAACGAUGUUCGCGAAAGGAUCGAACGGUUGGAGAAGGAAAAUAAGGCACUCCGAGAAGGCCAAGGUGGACAGACGGCGCUUUCGCAACUGCUGGAUGAUGCCAAUCAACGCAACGAAAAGUUACGAGAUCAGCUGAAGGCAGCAAAUCAGCGAGUGUUGCUCUUGAGCCAGCAUCACAACGAAGAAAUCAGCACUAAAAGUGAUAUGGAUAUCCAGCUCAAACAAGCCCUCGAGCUAAACGAGCAACGUUCGUCGCAGAUUGAUGAAGCACAAUCGCAGAUGACCCAGUUGCACACGAAAAUUGCCAACUUAGAAGCGGCACUGUCGGCCAAGGACCAGGAACUACUUGCCGCCGAUUCACGUUACAAAAAGUGCGUUGAGAAGGCCAAGGAGGUGAUCAAAACGCUCGAUCCGCGUGCUGUCAAUGAAGCACUUCUCUUGGAGAAGCCUCCACAGGAUGGGGAAGCUUCGUCAUCUUCGGCCACUGGAAGCGGAGGCGAUGCAUCCACCCUUACUUCCACCUCGGCCCGCAUUCCAAUGGGUGUUCAGGAAGAACAGCUGAUAGCAACAGCUUUCUACCGUUUGGGGAUGACCUGCCAACGUGAAGCUGUCGAUUCGAGACUUGCGCUGCUCAGCGGACCUGGUCAGAGUUUUCUCUCCCGUCAACGUCAGCCAGCCCCUCGUAAGCCUCUGAAUAUGCAAUUCACCAAAAAAUAGAAAACGCGCUACAGCGACCCCGGCAAAUGCAGGUCAUGAUAGUGGGCUUAGGCGAAAGGCAUUCACGGGUGGUGCCUUGCAAAUCAUGCAGUAAUAGAUUUUUUACCACAAAACCUAGGAAUAGCUUCUAACUUCCAACGUACUGUUUAGGAUAAUAAUUUCUACUAAUUAUGCAAGACCACAUUUUAUUUAUUAUUUAUACACGCUGUCUAAUUACUUUAACAAAAUUGUGACUCGUUUCAAUAAAGUAUCUACAUACAUUUUGAAGAAAGUGCGUUCUUUUGCUCUAUUGUCAUAAAGAAAAAUCUUAUGCUUGUCAAGCUUUGAA